GUUCUUCCGAUCCCGAAAAGGGAACAAUUUGUGGCCGACUCCCGCAUCCUCUCACUCGAUCAUCUUCUUUCCGAAGGUCUAGGACAAUCAAAUCGGCGCGACGAUGUCGACAUUCAGCGGCGAUGAGACUGCCCCCUUCUUCGGGUUCCUCGGAGCCGCCGCUGCGCUCGUAUUCUCGUGCAUGGGGGCGGCGUACGGGACGGCGAAGAGUGGAGUCGGGGUGGCGUCGAUGGGAGUGAUGCGGCCGGAGCUUGUGAUGAAGUCCAUCGUGCCCGUUGUUAUGGCGGGAGUGCUCGGGAUCUACGGCUUGAUCAUCGCAGUGAUUAUUAGCACAGGCAUUAAUCCCAAGGCCAAGUCGUAUUACCUCUUCGAUGGGUAUGCACACCUCUCCUCGGGGCUUGCUUGUGGCCUCGCUGGCCUUUCUGCCGGGAUGGCCAUUGGGAUCGUUGGGGAUGCUGGAGUCAGGGCAAACGCUCAGCAGCCAAAGCUUUUUGUGGGCAUGAUUCUUAUUCUCAUUUUCGCGGAAGCUCUUGCACUGUAUGGUCUCAUCGUUGGCAUAAUUCUGUCUUCUCGAGCUGGUCAAUCUCGGGCAGACUAAGAUACGGUUGGUGCCAUGUUCCAUGUGAUCCUUCAAGUUAGUUUUAAAUUUUUGUGACCAUACUGUUAUUUGUCUGACACGUUUUGAUGUCAAGUCCUUAUUUUUAAUAAUGUGUUAUGUUCUACUAAGAUGACCUAGGGAUUUUGCUGGAAAUAACUGGGUCAUCCUCCUUCAGGAACAACUGUGAACCACAUGAAUUUGUAUGAUUAUUCAAUAAAUCUGUGUCUAAUAAAAUUGUAUCUGUUCUUCCGUU